AUGCCAUAUGAGAAGGUUAAGCAUUACUCGGAUAUUCCAUUCUGUUCUGAAUGUAAUAGGGAUGAUUUCUACACUCAUUUCGACAUUCAAGAUUUAAUACUAAAGUGUGAAAAUUUUAAAAAUCAUAUUAUCAAAUGCCGUACUGUAGGAGUUUUGAAAAGUUGUAGUGGUAAAUUUUUUAUAUUCAGUAUAAAUCUGCCUAUGAGCAAUAGCAAUGAAGUUAAAAUAAGAGUCUCAAUGAAGUAUCUCAAGGCACCCCCUAAACCUACAUUCAUUCCAUACACUGUACAAAUAUUUGGAACCGUACAAUGGAAGCAAGAACCAAUAGUAUUUGCCAGUUUGGUGCAGGUCAUAAAUACAUCUAUGGCAAUAAGACUUAAAGAAACACUGACUUCUGUUACUAUGAUUCAUCUAGCUAAAGUCCCCCUUGAAGAAGAUGAGAUAGAUAAAACGGCAGAUGAGAAUAGC